UCGCACGUGAUCAGCUCCGCGUGUUUCUCAGAGCCGGGCCCUUAGCUAAAGUGUUCGUACCGCCGGCGCCCCGCUCAUGCCAGCAGAAGCGCGGCCGGCGGCUCCGGUGUGCGUCCCGCGACGCAUGGCACGUCAUGCAUGCUGGACAACCGGUGGCAGGGCCACCUGUUUGCCUUCGUCCCUUCUCGUGGCUCUGGUGGUGCUCGGAUUACCACCGUCAGCGCGACCACGCGACCAGUCGCCGGUGAAAGUGAACGUGCUGCUGUCGCCGACUGCGAGUGCCGUGCUUCCAUGCGACCUUGGACCACGGUCGGAGCCCGCAGUGCGCGCCUGGUGGCACCGCGCCAACAAUCCACAAGCGCCGCUGUACACGCUGGAUGCGCUGCCAGGCCACCGCGGCACUGGAGGACUGGUGCAGGCGCGCCACUCGGUCGCUGACUCGCUGCGGGGUCGUGCUCACUUCUCGGCCGUGCGCAGGCCCGCGCUGCUGUCCAUAUCCGCACUGCGCUACGAGGACCACGGACUCUACGUCUGCAACGUCGAGUUCAAGUACGGGGCCCGCAAAAGCUACGAGGUGGAACUCGAAAUCGUCGUGCCACCUAGCCAGCCCAUAAUUUUGGACGAAAAAAUGAACGCGCUGAACGGCACCGUGGGUCCUUACAACGAAGGAACUCUGCUGAUCCUCAACUGUCUCAUCAACGGAGGCAAGCCGGAGCCCCGGGUGACGUGGCAUCAGGGCUCGGUGCACCUACACCGCGUCUAUCACCAGAAGGAGCAGGAUGGCCGCAAGGUGACACUGCACGUGCGCACCCUCCGCCGCGAGCACCUGGGCGCCGUGUUCACCUGCGAGGCGGCGAACUCGAACCUCACCGCACCCGUCUCCACCUCGGUGACGCUUGCUAUGAACCUGAAGCCCGUGCGCGCGGUCAUCCGGGGCAAGCAAGACUUCCUGUCAGCCGAGUUCCGCGCUGAGGUGGAGUGCGAGGCCGAGGGCUCGCUGCCACCGGCGCUCGUUUCCUGGUGGCUGGACGGGGUGCGCCUGAAUGCCUCGCUCGCCCAGACACGGCUGUCGGCAGGCGGCAACGUCACCACCUCGCUGCUUGGCUUCGUGCCCAGGGCCAGGGACAACGGCCGCCAGCUCAGGUGCGUCGCCACCAACCCCAGGAUGCCCGGACACGACCAAGUGGCCGACAGCUGGGUGCUACAGGUGCACUACAAGCCACGGGUGAGUUUGGCCUGGGGCAACCGGGUGAACCGGUCCAGCAUCAUGCAGGGCACCGACGUGUACUUCGAGUGCGAGGUGGACGCCAACCCGCGGCUCAUCGAAGUCUCGUGGCGAUUCGAAGGCCACGAGCUUGCCUCGCGCAUCUCCAACUUCAUCGUGAGCAACCAGUCGGUGGCGCUGCGCGGCGUCCAGAGUUCGAACACGGGUCACUACUCCUGCGUGGCCGCCAACUCCGAGGGCGCCUCCGAGUCCAACAGGGUCUUCCUCAGGGUCCAGCAUGCCCCCGUAUGUGCUUCGAAGCAGCGCAGUGUCCAUCGGGCGGCUAAGAACGACGAGGUGCGCAUACAGUGCUCGGUACGCGCCGAACCGGCCAACGUGACGUUCCAGUGGUCGCUGAACGCCUCAUCGGGGCCGCGCCGCGAGCUGGCCUGGGCGUCCGCCUCUGGCGCCGACGGCCUGGCCAGCAGCCUGCUGCUCUACGCGCCCGAGAACGACUCAGACUACGGCAUCAUCAGCUGCUGGGCACGCAACGCUGUGGGCCCGGCCCCAGAGCCCUGCCUCUCCGAGAUCUUGCCAUCUGGUCCGCCCCAUGCCCCGCAGAACUGCAGCGUGGUGCGCCAGGUGGCGGGCUCGCUGCGCGUCGAGUGCACCGCGCCGGCACCGCACCAGCCGGGCGUGCUCUACCAGCUGGAAGUGCGCGAACGGGGACGUCGGCUGGUGGCGAACCUGAGCUCGGUGUCCCCAUCCUUCUGGGUGGACGCCCUACCCGUGGGAAGCCAGUGCACCCUACUCGUUUACGCCAUCGGGGGCAACGAGCGUUCGGCGCCGCUAAAGCUCAGCGCCACUGUGCUCGCCAACGCGGCCCAGGGAUACUCGGAGAGAGGAAAACGGUGGGCGAUCAGCACGAACCUGCUGCUGCUUCUGCUAGUGGCCACUGGUCUGGUGUGUGUUCUACUGCCUUUCAUCGUGGUGAUUGCACUGAGAUACCGGAGGAAGCCGGCUGAGCCCAGAGCAGCGGAGGAGAAGCCUGUUACGCAAGAGAAGCACCACUGGAUCCAGCUUUCACAGGGAGUGGAGCUUAGAAGUGAGCCUGGUAUAUUUCCCGAAGAAGCCUUUGUAACGGCGAUGACGUCCUUUAAAAGGGGAAGCCUCGCGGAAAGCUCAAGUCCCAGAGCGGACGGCCGCGCAUUGUGCCCCGCGCGGGACGUCUGCUAGGGUUCGGCGCGGCCGCCAAAGAAGAAGAACCAAGAGUGGCGCUUGCUCAACAAAGUACUGCUGCGCCAACGCGGUCCAAGUCCUCGCGGCAGGGCGGCGCUGGAGUGUGCUCGCCGUCCCAGCGAGGCGCCUACGCCGGCCAAGACUCGGCACCGUUCUGAGUGGGCGCACUGCGUGACACACGAGGUCUCGUCUGCGUGCACGCGAAACGCUCACCUCUGUGCACACCGAGCUUUUUUCUCCAGCGGCCACGAGCCACUUACUUUACACACACGCAGACACACACACACCUUCCCACUUGUGAUUGCACCGAGUGAGCUGCUGCCCCAAAUACUCCGACAGCCAUUCAUCACUGAAACGUUUGCCGGCGUUCAAUACAGACAUUAUGUAAAUAGUGUAAAUAUCUUGGACGCGGAAUCAAAAGACACACUGCCUCGCCAUGAGGAGCGACCGAGCGCUUCAUUAGUGAAGUGAAAGAAGAUGAAAGAAGUACUAGGGUGCGGCAAAGUGAGCGGACAUUACAGCUAUGCCAGCUGGAUGGCGCGACACGGCCAUCGGAAAUAGUCCUCAAUCCCUCUCUCCCCAAAUCCUUCUUUUAACGAUUAAUCGUUAUUGUCAUCACUGUAGCUCUCGUAUUCUGUUUAAUCAUUGCAGUAAAACGUGAGCAUGAUCCGCGCAGAUAGGGGUGUUAGCAGGCAGGUCGAGGCUGGAGCUUCGUUUGAGCCGAAUGAGCAGUUAGAAAAGGCUUUCGCCAGACAUUUGGGAAAGCAGUGCAGUGGCCAAUCGCGCACAGGUAAAUCGUGCCAGGGGUAAACCGCGUUUUGGACGCAAAUGCGUGUGACACACUCGCAGCUACCCUACAUGGGGACAAAGGAGCGUUCUCGGCGCAUCAUCACCGCAUCAUCACCGCAAUGCAUCGCCGUAAUCGUCCAAAAGCGCCCACCUAGAAAUUACCUCGAUAGACCCGCGACUAUGGCUCGUGGUCGUCUCACUCGAGCACGCACUUUCGCUGGCAAACUGAAGUUAAUGUUUUCUGCAAGUGUGGGAGUUUUUCAUUUCUUUCGUGCCUGUGUUAUUUGGCGGACAGUGUGCAGAGUGAGCUGUGGAUACUGAACGCUGGUGGCAGAAGUCACGUACUAGGGAAAGUUUGCCUAUGUUGUAGCGUAUUUUUGUUAUCUCAGGUUUUCGUCGUUAUCCUAUGCGAAUGCAUAAAAAGAUCCUAUAAGGUUUGUAUAACUAUGUAGAUGUUGCUGCAACUAAUGACGUAGCAGUUUUUAAUUGCUCAGCCAGCAUCAUUUGGCCGAAAGUGCUUGCAGGGUGAUCAUCUGGUUGCCGCGCUGUCCAAACCUCUGCCCAUGUGAUUUACGAAAGCUGCUUGCCUGGGUGCAGUAAGGUUUCGCAGACUCGUUCCGUUUUUUUUUUUGUAUAUUAGUAACUGGUUCUUUCAAUGUCGUUGCGAUGACUGGGAAAAAAAAUGAGACUUACACUCACUAGAGUUGCACAAGCGACCGAUUCCGUAGUGUGAGGCGCAAAGUCCGCCACCGCAUGCCACUGCAGUGGCGGGCAUUCUGUCAAUGCACUCAGAGACUAUGCGACGUGCAAAUAACGCGAAUACAACCUGCGCCAUUUAUUUCGUAGCAUUCAAUUCUGCGUUAGUCAAUCAGCGGGCACUGGAGGUGAUACGGCGCUGUCAGUUUCAGUUUAUUAUCCAUUCAACAAGCAAUUAUUAUGUACAGAUAGUGCGCAGACGAGGCUCUACUUGUGUGUGACUAAUCUUGCCCCUGCAAGAAGCUACAGCACAGCAGCCAGCCUACUCGUUCCUACGAAUUGACUUCACCUUUUUUAAUGUGAUAGUAAAUAUAUGGACACCCCAAACAAAUUUGCGUCGUCGUCGUCCACGUCGUGAUGUCCCGUAAGGAUGGUGGCUUGAUGCACGCUGUAUUACCUCGCACCUAAUGGUGUAGGUCACGUGAUCAAGCGCACUAGGGGAGGAGAGCUUGCCGCUUCUUCUCUAGUCCUGCCGUGGCUGCGCAUGGAUGUCCCCGCGGCUGAGCGCUUAGGCAGGCAUAGGCAGCCCGUGCACCUUAUAAUAGAGGCAAUCUGCGGCGAGUGCAAAGAUUAAUGGUGCACCGAGAUGGCUGGUGGCUUUAUGCACUCUGUCUUCGCGCUCCCGUAGUGUUCCAGGUCGCGUAAUCUCAAGUUUAGGAGACGCAUCGAAGUGAGCGGCACAGCGAAGCUUAUCUCCCCGCUGCCACCCCUCUUCAUUACGACGGCGUUCUGGCGCUGAAUGCUCGCGGUCAUCGAAUGAGAUCUCAUCAUGUUUGCCUGCGCGUGCUUGGCACCAUGCUUGGUAAUUUAAUUAGCAAGGGAAUGCUUACUGCAAUUUACACGACCAACUAAAGUACGAACCUUACUUACUGUUUAUAUCUAAUACGCUGCUAUCGCUAUCAGUGCUUUUGGGCGAAACUACGACAUUUCUACCUUAUCACUGAUUUAUGGCUCCUAUAGCAGAUUUUGGGGCCCGUGUCCAAAUUUGUAUUUUUGCCAUUGGGUGGGUACUGAAAGCGAUCUAUCCACAUUAGGACAUGCAUUUUCGGCAUGCAAUAUCUGAGUAUCAGAUUUGCGAGCAGAGCUGUUUUAUUAAAUGGCGAUAGUCAAGACGGAGAGGCAUUGUUUGAGAGGUUGCAGUGGGGGUUUAGCGUUUGCAGACCACCGUCUAUGAUCCGUUUCUUCAUGACGAACAGCGAUUCUGGACGGAGUAGAACGGGUGCUGGAGAGUCGCAUUUGUUUAGACCAGCUGACGUACGGAUUUCGACUGUCGCCUUUAUACCGGGUUAUCUGCUAAACCUAGCGGAUUUUGUGUGUGUUUUGUUGCGAAAAUUUUCUCUCAGCUUACAUUUUGCGUCCUAAGGAAAUGGUUGCCUGAAUAUUUUCAGUGCCUAAGCGUAUUCUUAAUGCUGUUUAAGCAGAUACUUUGAACGAAAAAUAGAAAACAAACGAAAAAAAGAAAACAAACAAAAGAAGGACAGAAACAUUGAGAGAGAGAGAGAGAAACUAGCUGGUACGAUGCCUGAUUUUGAUAAUAUGAAAGUUACAAUUAGAAGGGCAGCCAUAUACAGCUCUUCUAGGAAAGUUUAUUUUGGCGGAGCAUGGAUAAUUUUGGGUAAAUUAGUUAGCGACCACUUUGGCGUCGACGCAGUCGAAUACCAGAGCGUAUAUGUCUGCACUUCUGUGUGUGCAGCAGCAUCUUCGGUGGUGAUAUUUUAAUAAUGGAUACUCGUACCAAACAACACCUUCUUUAUGUUUCUUUUAGUAAUCUUUGAAAAUUUUAUUAGGGGAUUUAUAGAGCAUUCGCAAAACAUGCCAGGCAGAUUCAAGCGGGUGUUGAGUACAUGCUUAGCGGAAUAUUCGGAUGAAUGGCAGCACUGCUAAAGACGGCGCCGUGGAUAGAGAGUAUAUAGAGUUAAAAAAAAGAAUUAUGACCUCGUCCUUACUUGCUUUGUCCUGCCACUUUGCUUUCCUUGCGCCAGUGAGUGCGAGGCUCCAUCCCCACGAUGAAACUUUGGUCUAGCUGAGUGUUGCCCCGAUUCGUCUGUUUGGUCGCGCCGCCACGGCAUGGAAUGGGCCGCAAAUGCGCAUCGGUGAUGGUUAAUGCGCCACUUCGAAGUGUUCGCCGGCUGUACUGAUCGUUAUUUUGCCGAAUAUUGAGCUUAAAGCUUGAAACUGAUAUGGUAUCGACUGUCUCUCAUACGUGUUCUUUGUUAAUCGCUACAAAUCAGUAUUAGCCUACUUGACUUUACCGUGUGAUUUUUCCCUGACCGCCCACGGAACGAACGUUUAACUGCAGCGGCACUUCACACCACCUACUUCCGUCGCCCAUCACCCUCCCUGCCGUUCAACCACUGUCGCUCUAUUUGUGUCACCAAUCUUUCCCAGGCAACAACCAUACAACAGGGCUCUUUCCAACCAGUCGCAUCUUUCUGUUUUUGCUCUGCGGCUGAGUUGAAAUUUCUUGAGCAUGUUUUGAGGCUCGCGUUCGUGUUUGCCUAUUUGCUGUUGUGCUAACUGUUGUGAGCAGGCAAUGUGUGUUGAGCGCGAGGGGAGACGGAAACUGUAAAGCACAGUAUAUGUCGUUCAGGGUCUUAACACCGCAUUUGUUUAUUCCCUUGUUAGGGAAACCGCACGCGUGCUGCUCUGCGUUGCCGAAAUUACGUGUUUGUCACCGGUUUUCUGGAUUAUUCGUCGCUUUAGGGCGGUCAAGAAAUAUCGCAGCUUCACUUGCCGCAAAAAAAAAGAGAAGAAGAUCCAGCCUGGUUUACUGUUCCUCCUGCCACUUUUCCUUGGUUAUUAUUUUUUUAUACGUGAGAAACACUCAGACUCCGUCCUUGCAUGAAAUCUCCUUUGUCCUAUGUAAAAUGUGAACAAAGAAACGAGAAACUCGACCGUU